AUGAUAAAGCGAGUCAUGGGCAGCAUCCGGGUAAACAGGUGAGGGGCUGUUCUGUCCAGUCUUUAUUGUUCUGUGUCCAUCUGAACUUCCUGUUGGCCACACAUAUAACCCAACAGCUGCGUAUAAAAAUCCCUCCCUUUGAUACACCCAAGGCACAAACAACACAAGGCAUGUACAUUGCUACAACCUGAUUUGUAUACAAGAGCAUCUUGCAUUUUAGACUUUGAUCCACCAUCCAAGAUGCCUCUUAAUAUUGUUCCCAGCAGCAAUGGUGACAUCAGUUCAGGAAGCACGGCAAGAAGUAUCCGAAAGAAAGUCCUGUCAUGGGGGUUUAGAGCUCUUGCUGCAGCUUAGGAUAAGGGUAGGGGUCCUGGCGAUCUCACAAGUUAAUAUGGAUUAGCAGUAAACACUUGCAGAUGAUCAUUUUGAACUAGGCUUGCCAGCCAGCAGCAGCAGGAGUAGCUCUCCUCCCGUUACGGCAAAAUGGAAAUAGAGAGGGUGACAUAUUUUGAGGGAGAAGGAGACAAAGGCAGGUCGCAUAUCUUGGAGAGAGGGAGUUUCUUUCAGGGUAUCUGCCAACCCUUUGUCUCUUGAUCUCUAAAUUACACCUUUGGUUUUAGAUCCAGGAUGCUGGGAGACACGCUUGUUGCUGUAGCAACAGAAUUGUCUAAACUGUGGAAGUGUAUAAACAUUGUCACAGAUGCACAAUUAGAUCAACAAACGAGAACGGAACAGAAAAUAGAAGCUUCCGGCCUUAUGCAAUCCAGAGUUAACAUGUAGUUAUGAAACCAUAUUCACGUAGCCCCUUGUCUGCCCUGUCAAAUCUAGGAGGUCACUCUAGUUGUCUGUAUAGUGAACGCUUGUGUUGGAAGAUGUAUGCAUGCGAGUGCCACUCAGAUAAAUCUCUGUGCUUUGGGUAGUACUAGCUGAAGGCUGCACUGUUGUGAUACAUAUUCUUCAUACCACUGCUUUGUGCAAUGACUUGAGUUCUGAUCUGCUCAAUGAGAUCCAGAGGACCUUCUGAAUCCCUGUAUUGAAGGUACUCUGUGACGCCUGGAACUCUGAGUCUCAUAUGGGGUUAAGUCAUUACACCCUCUACUUUGAAAAUGGUUUCAAUUGCUUUCCCCCUCUCAUUCCCAAUAUGUACAUAUACAAAAAUAUAAUAUUUUAAAACUGCAAAGAACAGAACAUCAUUUUAAUUGCAGGUAUUUUGAAGUCAGAAUGAUUCACCCUUCUGAAUCGCUCUCUCUCUCUCUCUCUCUCUCACUCACACACACACACACACACACACACACACUUCAUCUUGGUCACUCAGCACAUCUGGUGCAGUGUGCCCACAGACACAUAUACCAGAAGUCCAGUAAGUCAAUGAUCCUGCAGUGAGUCAAAUGAGGCAAUGGACCUCUCUGCAUGAGUGUUAGUGGAGAGAUUUAAGGCAGGGCUGAGGAACCUAUGGACUUCAUCUCCCAUCAGUCCCAGCCAUCAUAGGCCUAUAGUCAGGAGUGAUGGGUAUUAUAAACCAACAACUUCUAGAGGGCAUGCUCCCACACAUGCUCCCUCAAAGGUACCUUUCUCCCACUUUUAACUGUGAUCUUUCUCCCCUCAAAAGGUACAGUAUUGUCUCCACUGAAGAGGAUGGACAUAAAGUUUCUUCCCUUGGCAGCAUUAAUGGGCACAGUCGGAAUGGAAAAGGCCACGCCCCGCGACGGAAACGCCGCAACCGUUUUGUCAAGAAGAACGGCCAGUGCAAUGUCUAUUUUGCCAACCUGAGCAACAAAUCCCAGCGCUACAUGGCUGACAUUUUCACAACAUGUGUGGACACUCGCUGGAGAUACAUGCUCAUGAUCUUCUCGGCAGCCUUCUUGGUCUCCUGGCUGUUUUUUGGCCUUCUCUUCUGGAUCAUUGCUUUCUUUCACGGUGACUUAGAUGCCCCCAGUGCAGGAAGCGGCUCUCCCGCAGCAACAAAAUUCUGCAUCAAGCACGUCACUGGGUUCUUGGGAGCUUUCCUCUUUUCAGUAGAAACACAGACAACCAUCGGUUAUGGCUUCCGAUACGUGACUGAGGAAUGCCCCCUAGCCAUCAUGGUGGUAGUGGUACAAUCCAUUGUGGGCUGUGUUAUUGACUCUUUCAUGAUAGGCACUAUCAUGGCUAAGAUGGCACGCCCCAAGAAAAGGGCCCAAACUCUCCUUUUUAGCCAUCAUGCUGUCAUCUCUCUACGGGACGGCAAGCUCUGCCUCAUGUGGCGGGUGGGAAACUUGAGGAGGAGCCAUAUUGUGGAAGCUCACGUUCGGGCCCAGCUUAUCAAGCCCUACAUGACAGCAGAAGGCGAGUACCUUCCGGUGGACCAGCGAGACCUGAACGUGGGCUAUGACAUAGGCCUUGACCGCAUCUUCUUAGUGUCUCCCAUUAUUAUCGUUCAUGAGAUCGAUGAGGAAAGCCCACUCUAUGGGAUGGGCAAGGAACAGUUGGAGAGGGAGGACUUCGAGAUUGUCGUCAUCCUUGAGGGCAUGGUGGAAGCUACAGCCAUGACCACACAGGCUCGCAGCUCCUACCUGGCCAGCGAGAUCCUUUGGGGACACCGUUUUGAGCCUGUUGUCUUUGAGGAGAAGAAACAUUACAAAGUGGACUAUUCACGCUUCCACAAGACCUACGAGGUGGCUGGAACCCCUUGCUGCUCUGCUCGGGAACUACAGGAGAGCAAGAUCACCAUCUUGCCUUCGCCUCCACCGCCCCCCAGUGCCUUCUGCUAUGAGAAUGAGCUGGCUCUUGUCAGCCAGGAUGAAGACGAGGAGGAGGAUGACUUGGCUGUAGGAGUAGAUUUAGGAGUAAGCGCCACGGAAGAUGCAGGAGUCAUACCUAUGAUGGAGUUUGGGAGCCACAUGGACCUCGAUCGGUUGCAGGUCUCCAUCCCUCUGGAUACCCUCUCAUACCGCAGGGAAUCUGCCAUCUAA